AAAAAAUCCCAUUUCCAAAACACACAGUUAAUCCCCAUUUUCAUAGCCAAAAGAAAAAACAUGUCUUUGAACAGCCAUCGUCGUCCUGGUGUUACAGUAAACGGUGUCCGAAGGAUGCGAACCUACCAUUUUUUCUGGUGUCUCCAUUGUCAACGAACCGUAAGGUUUUCAAAUUCAAAUGUUUUUGAACCUUGUUGUCCUUAUUGUUUUCGUCAACUUCAUCAAGAGCUUGAUGUUUCAAGGCCUAGACUUAGAGUUAAUCACGGCCUUGAACCGUAUGAAACCACUCGUAGGUUAUUAGAUACUUUGGCCGCCGCUCUUGACCCCACCAGGCCGCGGCAAAGUGGAAGAGCUCGUCGGGAUCGACCAAUUCCUGAAACUGGACCUUGGGUCACUCUCGUCGAACCACCACGACCGCAGCCGAGUCCUAUCGUUGCACCCCGAGAUACAGUCAGCAACGACGACUUGGAUGGUUUACUCGAAGGCUUAACGGAAGACGAUAGGCCGGGUCCACCACCGGCAGCUGCGUCAGCCAUCGAGGCCUUGCCGGUGGUGAUAAUCACCGAAUACCACCUUACCAACGCUACACAUUGUCCUAUUUGUAAGGAUGAGUUCGAGAUUAGCGGAGAAGCACGAGAGUUACCAUGCAAGCACUUGUAUCAUUCCGAUUGUAUCGUCCCUUGGUUGAGCAUUCAUAACACCUGCCCCGUUUGUCGCUACGAGAUCAAAGACGACACCGAUCCCACGACCGAUGAUGUCGUUUUUCGUGACAUUGGUUUGGGGGCCGACGAUCUGGCAAACGGAUUAACCUGGUUACGAACUCAGUUCCUUUCUUCUAGGCCAUUUCGUGCAUUCUCUCAUUGGACACAACGAUAUAUUGAUUUCCUCGAUAGCAGAUUCAAUACAAAUAAUUUCACUCGCGAAUGUAGGAUCUAUUGCCAGAGCUUAAUCUAUUACAUGUUUAUGGUUUUUACGUAUAUAUAUGCAUAUACAUAUAUACAUGUAUUACUAACAUUUACAAGUGAUUAAUCCACAGCAAGCUCAUGGUGGCCAUCAUGGUUCAUUUUAUAGCUUCACUGUCUUUAAAUAUAUCAACAGCCUGCAAACUUUGGUAAUAAU